AAUCGCGACAAAAGGAAUCUGUAUUUAGCCAAAGAAGGGCUUAUAUAUCCCGAAUCACCCGCCGCUGAAGGAGUCUCUCAAACCGAUCUUAAAAAGAGAUUAGCAGCGAGAGUUAUGUGCGAUCGACAUAAGAAUGAUCAGAAAUUUGGGAAAUCUAAAGGAUUCGGUUUCAUUGCUUUCACUGAACACAUCCACGCAUUGAAAGCGUUGAGACAAUUGAAUAACAAUCCAAAUAUCUUUACGUCCGAUAAGCGACCAAUCGUUGAGUUUUCCAUUGAAAACAAAGUGGCUUUGAAUAAGAAGAAGCAUAGAAUGAACCGAAACGCCGACAAUCAGAAGAAUGGUCGACAGAGUGACCAAACAGAACACGAAUCGACCGAACAAUCGGUCGAAUACAGCGGUGUUAUGUCUAAACCAAAUAAACUGAAUGAGAAAAUUAAAGCCCCAAAAGUGAACCGAAAGUUAGGAGUUAUGCAAAAACAACUGAAGACUCGGAAAAAGGGGUUAAAGAAAAAUAAAACCAAAGAGUUUAAUGAGAAGAGACAUCAAGAAAAGGUUGAAAAACGAAACGCCAGAAAAAAAGAGACGAUUGAAAUACAAGACACACACGACAGGCAUUAUAUGAAAAGGAAAAACAUUUUCAAAGAUGAUAACAACCAGAAGAAUGACUCGAAACCACGG